CCGCACUCUCUCAGCCUUUCCCUCCACAAACAGAUCCUCUCACUAAAAGCAUAGAGGAACAGAGAAAAGAAAAAAGGAAAUUUUGAAAAUCAGCAAAUGAAAUCUGGAAAUUCCCUCCAAUUUCUCCGUUCUCGGCUCUGAAAAUCGUAAUUCUCAUAAUUUAAGACCACCCAUUUUCCUACUUUCGCCAAAAAAAAAAAAUGGCGGGACGGUCAUUUCCAACGCCUCCUGUGAAAAACUCACCAUCGUUUUCUCCAUUUUCUUCCAAAUUUGUGCUUCUCCAAAGCAAUUUCCACCCGAAAUCUGAACUGGGUGCCUCUUAUUUUCUCAAAGAUCCCCACCAAUUUCACGAUUCGGGAGCGAAAACCUCAAAAUUAGGCGGUCUGAGGACGCGUCGAUUGCGUCCAGUGGCAUCUAUUGGAGGUCUGCUGAGUGGGUUUUUUAAGGGGACUGACACGGGGGAGUCGACGAGGCAGCAGUAUUCGGGAACCGUUGAUUUGAUCAAUGGGUUGGAGGCGGAAAUGUCGCGGCUGUCAGAUUUGGAGUUGAGAGAGAGGACGACUGUGUUGAAAGAACGGGCCCGGCAAGGAGACUCCUUGGAUUCUAUCUUACCCGAAGCAUUCGCUGUUGUAAGAGAAGCUUCAAAACGAGUUUUGGGCCUUCGUCCUUUUGAUGUACAACUGAUAGGUGGCAUGGUUCUUCACAAGGGUGAGAUUGCUGAAAUGAGGACUGGAGAAGGAAAGACUCUUGUUGCUGUACUGCCAGCUUAUUUGAAUGCUUUAAGUGGGAAAGGAGUUCAUGUUGUUACUGUGAAUGAUUAUCUGGCCCGGCGUGACUGCGAGUGGGUUGGUCAAGUUCCUCGAUUCUUGGGACUGCAGGUUGGCCUAAUCCAACAGAAUAUGUCAAGUGAACAAAGGAGAGAAAAUUACAAUUGCGACAUAACGUAUGUCACCAACAGUGAGCUCGGUUUUGAUUACUUGAGAGACAAUCUUGCCACGAGUGUUGAAGAGCUUGUUCUGCGGGGUUUCAAUUACUGUGUGAUCGACGAGGUUGAUUCCAUUCUAAUUGAUGAAGCAAGAACACCUCUCAUCAUCUCGGGACCCGCAGAAAAACCAAGUGAUCGAUACUACAAAGCUGCAAAGAUGGCUGCAGCCUUUGAGCGAGAUAUUCAUUACACUGUUGAUGAAAAGCAAAAAACUGUUUUACUUACGGAACAAGGCUAUGAGGAUGCUGAAGAAAUUUUGGAUGUAAAAGAUCUAUACGAUCCUCGGGAGCAAUGGGCAUCGUAUGUUUUGAAUGCAAUAAAAGCAAAGGAACUCUUUCUCAGAGAUGUAAACUACAUUGUCCGUGGGAAGGAGGUUCUUAUUGUGGAUGAAUUUACUGGCCGAGUCAUGCAGGGUAGGCGGUGGAGCGAUGGACUUCACCAGGCAGUUGAAGCAAAAGAAGGCCUGCCAAUCCAAAAUGAAACUGUUACUCUGGCAUCAAUUAGUUAUCAAAAUUUCUUUCUCCAGUUUCCCAAACUUUGCGGAAUGACUGGCACGGCAGCAACUGAAAGCACAGAAUUUGAGAGCAUCUAUAAGCUGAAAGUCACAAUUGUGCCCACAAACAAGCCCAUGAUAAGAAAGGAGGAGUCAGAUGUUGUUUUCAAGGCAACUACUGGAAAAUGGCGUGCUGUCGUGGUAGAGAUUUCUAGAAUGCACAAGACGGGCCGUCCUGUGCUUGUCGGUACAACCAGUGUUGAGCAAAGCGACUCUUUGUCCGAGCAGUUGUGUGAAGCCGGGAUUCCUCAUGAGGUUCUCAACGCUAAACCGGAAAAUGUGGAGAGGGAAGCAGAAAUUGUAGCUCAAAGUGGCCGUCUUGGGGCAGUAACAAUUGCUACGAAUAUGGCAGGACGUGGAACAGACAUCAUCCUUGGUGGAAAUGCUGAGUUUAUGGCAAGGUUAAAGCUACGUGAAAUGCUUAUGCCAAGAGUUGUUAAACCGACCGAAGGGGGGUUUGUAUCUGUGAAAAAGCUUCCUCCGAGAAAGACUUGGAAGGUCAAUGAAAAUUUAUUUCCAUGUGAACUCUCUAAAGGCAAGAUUUCAUUGGCUGAGGAUGCAGUGAAUUUAGCUGUCAAAACAUGGGGCCAAAGAUCAUUGACUGAGCUUGAAGCUGAAGAGAGACUUUCAUAUUCAUGUGAAAAGGGUCCCACCCAGGAUGAAGUCAUAGCAAAGCUGCGGAGUGCGUUCGUGGAAAUUGUUAAAGAGUACAAGAUAUACACCGAGGAGGAAAGAAAGAAGGUUGUAUCGGCGGGUGGGCUUCAUGUAGUAGGAACGGAACGCCAUGAAUCACGGCGAAUUGACAAUCAGCUUCGUGGUCGCAGUGGCAGGCAAGGGGAUCCUGGGAGCUCUCGAUUCUUCCUCAGUCUGGAAGAUAAUAUCUUUCGGAUCUUUGGCGGAGACCGCAUUCAGGGUUUAAUGAGUGCCUUUAGAGUUGAAGACCUACCGAUCGAGUCCAAAAUGCUGACCAAAGCAUUAGACGAGGCGCAAAGGAAGGUUGAAAACUACUUCUUUGAUAUCCGGAAGCAGUUAUUUGAAUAUGAUGAUGUACUAAACAGCCAAAGGGACCGUGUAUACACAGAAAGAAGACGAGCACUUGAAUCUGACAACCUACAAUCUCUUGUUAUUGAAUAUGCAGAAUUGACAAUGGACGACAUUUUAGAGGCAAAUAUUGGUUCAGAUGCUCCCAGAGAAAGCUGGGACCUCAACAAGCUCAUUGCAAAACUUCAACAGUAUUGCUAUCUGUUGAAUGAUUUGACACCGGAGCUGUUGGGAAGUAAGGGCUCGACCUAUGAGGAAUUACGAGACUACCUUCGUUUCCGGGGGCGAGAAGCAUACUUACAGAAGAGGGAUAUUGUGGAGAAGCAAGCACCAGGUUUGAUGAAGGAAGCUGAGAGAUUCCUAAUUCUGAGCAACAUUGAUCGGCUAUGGAAGGAACACUUGCAAGCUUUAAAAUUCGUCCAGCAAGCUGUGGGUUUGCGGGGAUAUGCGCAGCGAGACCCUCUUAUCGAGUACAAGCUUGAAGGGUACAAUCUCUUCUUGGAGAUGAUGGCACAGAUUCGGAGAAAUGUUAUCUAUUCUAUCUACCAGUUCCAACCAGUAAUGGUGAAGGAUCAACGGCGCAAUGACAUUCCAAGCAAAGCCAUAUCAAAUGGAAGGGGGAGCGAUAAUGACGCCAAUCCAGUUGGUGCAGCAAAGGCAUCUCCCUAGGAUCUUGAUUGGGGUGGUGACUUCAUUCAACUGAAAGUUUGGUGAGGUGAAGGACUGCAGCAUCUCCCUUGUUUAGUGCAUCGGAGCUCAAAGCCUGGGAGACCUCUUUUCAGGCUCCCCAAGACCAAAAAUGAAAAGAAAAAAUAUUUGUUUGUACCAUACACCCUUGGAUAAGGAUUAGAUGAGGAAAUGUGAAAAUUAAACUGAGAAACAUUAUUCUAAGUAUUUGAAAAAAAUAUAUAUAUAUUAGUUUCUGUUUUCUGUGAAUCAGCUAAUAUUUAUUUGGAACAGAAGGUAGGAGUCAUUGCUCAA